AUGGCGGCGUGGCGGCAGUGCCCCGCGUGUUGGCCAUGGAGGCGGCGGGCGGUGGAGCUCGCGCGCACGGUGGCCGGAGCGGGCGGUGAGCUGGGUGGCGCGGAGACCAUGGCGCGACGGGGCGGCAUCCACCAGCGGCCCGUGGCCUGCCCCUCCCCUGCUUCGCCUCCGUCGGCGAGACGCAGCCCCCGGUGGCGGGACGGUGCGGGCGAGCGCGGCGGGGCACGGGAGCGCGAGGAAGGUGAGCGGGAAGAGGCGGUGACGGAGGUCUGGAGGCGAACAGGCGAGGUGGAGCGCCCGCGGCGUGGCUGGACCACCUCGACCCGGCGCAAGGGCCUCCUCGGCGGCGCGGACCAGGGGCCUUGCCAGCCGUCCUCGUGCCGGGUGUCCGUCCGCGCGUCCGCCACGCUCUGCCUCGCCGCUCGUCGGAGUGGUCGUGGCGUCGUGCGCGAGCGGUGUUCGUCCCUGCACCCGGCGGCAGAUCUCCGCGCGCGUGGGCGGCCGCCCGUCCCCGUCCCUGCCCCCGGCAGCGGAGCUCAGCGCGCGCGGGCGCCCCCCGCGGCGCAGGAGGAUGCGACGGAGAGAGAGGGCGAGGGCGGACUCGAGCUCCGCGGCACGCGGCGGGGGCGAGGCAGCCUCGAGCCUGGGCGGGUGGGCAGCGGAGGUGCCGGGCUCAACUGCCGUGCACGCAGUCGAGGCGCUGGGCGGCGCUCACGCGGCCCGCGAUGGGCAACGGCAGUGGCGGGCGGCGCGUCGCCACGGCGGGGCUCCGGCCAGGCGGCCCCUGCUCCGUGGCGAGGCGGCGGGCGGCCGGCCCCUCCGAGUCACGACGGCGCGUGGCCUGUCUCCGGCGGCGGGGGCGGAGGGCUCCGCUCUCCUGCCAUGGCCUCUGCGCCGACCGCCUCGAGAUCGGCGGAGGCGCAGGCGGCGCGGAGGCGAGCACAUGGAGGAGCAGCGGAGCGAUGGGCUGCUGCUGCCCCACCCUCCUCCGGGCGCGACGGUCCGGCGCGUGCUAGCGGCGGCGGUGGGCACGGGCCGGUCUGGACGUACGCAGCGGGCACCCUCCCUUUGCGGCGGCGGCUCCUCACGGCGGCCCGUCCCUCCCGGCGUGAAGCUGUUGGGCAGCGCGGGCCCGGUGCCACGGUGGCGGCGUAG